AUGGACUUCGGAGAUGGAUCCAAUGUGUCAUCUUACAACUAUCAAUUCACCCCUUCAGGAUUUGAUCAAUUCGGCACUACUUCCAAUCCUGAGCUUCAAUUGCCUUGGAACGCGGACCAUACUUUGGCCAUUGAAACAGCCCCGGGUUUUUCUACUCAUACGCAGCAGCAGCAUUUGGGACGGCAACGCAAGGAGAAUGAGCAGCGCCCUCACAAAUGCACAAUACAAGGAUGCAAAGUCGACCCUUUCAAAAACCCAGCAGACCUCCGACGCCACAAAAUCAGUGUUCACGGCGAUCCUAAAUUCUUUUGUCCAGUCGUAACCUGCAAAUUUCACAAAAAGGGUUUCGGACGCAAAGACAAUCUCACCGAGCAUAAAAGACGAGUCCACGUUCCGGUCUUACUCAGUCCGGUGGCUACACUUGAAACCACGACGCAGGAUUUACAGACUGCAUCAUUUGAAGACGAAGAUAUGGAUGACUGGAGUCUAGCUGCAACCCCGGGGGGAAUGGAAAAUCGGUCUAAUGAUAAUUCUCCAACGAUAGCCUUUGUACUACAGAGGCUCGGAUUAGGAUAA